CAGGAGAUCGAAAUUGGCGACACCGAUAUCAAAAUCGAAAGAUAAAACCUAAACCAAUGAGUACAACUAGACCAGAUAGUGAAGAAGAAACUGAAGGUUUUUUAUACCGAGGUCGAAAGUGGCGAAACCGAAAUAAAGAUUUUAAUGGAAAGAAAAAACCCAAAAAUAUGACUGUCAGUAGACCUUUUUAUGACGAAGAACCUGACAUCGUUUUUUUAGGACCAGAAUUUGAUAGUCGAAAUAUAUGCAGUAAAUGUCACAAGUUGAAGAGAAAGGACCAAAAACAGAUUCAAAAAUAUUGUUCAGAUAUCCAAGCGAAACCCGAGCAAGUCGAAAGUCCUUUUCUCUUUUUUGGCAAUCAUCGGGACAUCCAAUUCCCAGAAGAACAAAGAAAGAUCAGCAAUGCAACGAGUUAUCCAGAAAAAAAUGAAUAUGGUACCAAUCAGAAUACUACUACAAAAUCAUUUUUAGGAUUUAAAUUUUGGAAACACGGUCGUACAAAGGGAAAGUUGACGACGUCUUCUGACAAGAUUACGGAAUAAAAAAAAAAAGAUGGUACCCAUCAGAAUACUACGACGAGAUCUUUUUUAGGAUUUAAAUUUUGGAAACACGGUCGUACAAAGGGAAAGUUGACGACGUCUUCUGACAAGGCACAUUCAGUUAAAAACAAGGAAUCAACAAAACAAAUAAAAGAUGGUACCCAUCAGAAUACUACGACGAGAUCUUUUUUAGGAUUUAAAUUUUGGAAACACGGUCGUACAAAGGGAAAGUUGACGACGUCUUCUGACAAGGCACAUUCAGUUAAAAACAAGGAAUCAACAAAACAAAUAAAAGAUGGUACCCAUCAGAAUACUACGACGAGAUCUUUUUUAGGAUUUAAAUUUUGGAAACACGGUCGUACAAAGGGAAAGUUGACGACGUCUUCUGACAAGGCACAUUCAGUUAAAAACAAGGAAUCAACAAAACAAAUAAAAGAUGGUACCCAUCAGAAUACUACGACGAGAUCUUUUUUAGGAUUUAAAUUUUGGAAACACGGUCGUACAAAGGGAAAGUUGACGACGUCUUCUGACAAGGCACAUUCAGUUAAAAACAAGGAAUCAACAAAACAAAUAAAAGAUGGUACCCAUCAGAAUACUACGACGAGAUCUUUUUUAGGAUUUAAAUUUUGGAAACACGGUCGUACAAAGGGAAAGUUGACGACGUCUUCUGACAAGGCACAUUCAGUUAAAAACAAGGAAUCAACAAAACAAAUAAAAGCAAAGAAUCAGCAAAAAAAAAUAUAGAUGGUACCCAUCAGAAUACUACGACAAGAUCUUUUUUAGGAUUUAAAUUUUGGAAACACGGUCGUACAAAGGGAAAGUUGACGACGUCUUCUGACAAGGCACAUUCAAAUAAAAACAAAGAAUCAGCAAAACAAACAAAAGGUGGUAGCUCUCAGAAUAGAGUCAACAAUUCUUUUUUAGGAUUCCCUUUUCGAAAAUCCAGUCCUACGAGUACAACAAAAAAGACCACUACCAAAAUGUUAAUGACGCCUAUUGACAAGGCAAAUUCAAAUAGAAAUAAAGAAUUAGCAAAAGAAACAAAAAGUAAUCAAAAAGGACGCAGAUAUUAUUUAAGAAUUCGAUCGAAAAAUCACAAUAAACCAUCUACCACAAUCAAGCCAGACAUUGCAACUUGCAAACACUGCUGUACAACAACCAAGAGCAUAAAUCAAGUGAAACCAUUUCCAAAUCUAAACCCAAAUAUUGAGAAACUUCAUCAAUAUAUGAACAAGGAAGUCCUUAAAAACACAACGUUGAACAAUCAUGGUUUGCUGAAGAGGUCCCUGCACAAAUUGAACGGGUUAAUCAAAUCAAAGCAUAACAAAGCUAAGAAACCAAUUAAGAAAAAUAAGCCUUUAGGAUUUUCGUUUAAAAAGCAUAAGGACGAUAAAUUAAAGAAUCCUCAACCUCUAAGAAAAACAAGUACAAUAAAAAGUAUCAGCACAAUGGGUCACUUAAAGCACCCAAAUCGACCAAAAUUGUUCAAAUCUUUUUUAAGAAGAGGAUUUAGGCAAAGGGACAAAACAGAGAAAAUCUCACAGACUGUUACGGCACCAGCCAAUAUUACUUUAUCUACAACUCUUCCUACCACCCUGGGGAUAAAAGAAAAUAAUUCAAGCCAAAAAUAUACAUCUCGAUGUACAAUUAAUCCAGUGGAUAAAACUAAUGAGUACCUGAUAACUAUAGUUGAUGAUGAAGAAGAAUUGGAAGAAUCUGAAACCCAUCCUUGGAAAGAUGAUGACAUUUUUGAGGAAUUCUCUGAUUCUGUUGAUGAUGAAGUUAUUUUUGAGUGUGAGGAUAAUGGGCUUCAGAACAACCUGAAAGGAAAAACUGUUAUUGAGGCAGCUCAUUUAUUCACGGAUGUUGAACAAAAUGAAUGCACCAGCAGUUUGCUGGACAAAAUGAAGUUUCAAUCAAGAAAAUUUGCAGGAAUGAAUGGAAAAUAUGUUACUGAAAAAAAUCCUACAGAUGAUGAGAAAAUUGUUAUCAUAGACGGUGAACACCCAGAACGAUCAGAUGAAAACAAUAAGAUAUUUAUCGAAACAGUUGAAUCUUCUUCAGAAAUGGAUCAAAACUCCCUAUGGUUUAGAGAAGAAGAGGAAACUGAUAUGGAAACAACAACUAAAGGAGAUGUUGUCAUCAUAGACGGUGAACACCCAGAACGAUCAGAUGAAAACAAUAAGAUAUUUAUCGAAAAUGUUUAUUCUUCUUCAGAAACUGAUCAAAACAACCAAUGGUUUAGUGAAGAAGCGAAAACUGAUGUGGAAACAACAACUGAAGGAAAUGUUGUCAUCAUAGACGGUGAACACCCAGAACGAUCAGAUGAAAACAAUAAGAUAUUUAUCGAAAAUGUUUAUUCUUCUUCAGAAACUGAUCAAAACAACCAAUGGUUUAGUGAAGAAGCGAAAACUGAUGUGGAAACAACAACUGAAGGAAAUGUUGUUAUUAUAGACGGUGAACACCCAGAAAGAUCAGAUGAAAACAAUAAAAUAUUUAUCGAAAAUGUUUAUUCUUCUUCUGAAACAGAUCAAAACAACCAAUGGUUUAGUGAAGAAGCGAAAACUGAUGUGGAAAAAACAACUGAAGGAGAUGUUAUUAUAAUAGACAGUAACAAUCCUGCAAAAACAAAUGCAUCAUCAAAUAACAAGAUUUUUGUAGAAAAUAUAUAUGUACAGUCCCCUCUUGAAAUGGAACAAGGUCAUAAAUCAAACAGAGAAAAAAACGAGACAGAACCAACAACAGAGAGUGAUGUCAUCAUCAUUGAUACUGGAAAAACAGACUUAUCAAAAGUAGAAGGAGUAAAUAAAGAAGCACGUUUUUUAGACAGAACUGAAAAGGAUACUAAAAUCAUUCCUUCAGAUGAUGAAGAUUUGCUCAACUUAUGCAACAAAAGAACAAAACUCCUAAAAGAAAAACUAGAUCAAAUUCCUCAGCAUCACUUGGGAAGCUAUAAAACUAGCACUGAUGUGCUCAACUUAUGCAACAAAAGAACAAAACUCCUAAAAGAAAAACUAGAUCAAAUUCCUCAGCAUCACUUGGGAAGCUAUAAAACCAGCACUGAUGUGCUCAACUUAUGCAACAAAAGAACAAAACUCCUAAAAGAAAAACUAAAUCAAAUUCCUCAGCAUCACUUGGGAAGCUAUAAAACUAGCACUGAUGUGUUCAACUUCUGCAACAAAAGAACAAAACUCCUGAAAGAAAAACUAGAUCAAAUUCCUCAGCAUCACUUAGGAAGCUAUAAAACUAGCACUGAUGUCAUUAUACUAAACAGUGACACUAAAGAGAAAUCAGAAGAUUCAUCUAAAAAAUCGAUUUUAUCAGAAAAAUCAAAAUCUUUAAAGGCGGAUAAAUCUAUAGAAUCGCAAGACGGAGGAAAUAAAAGUGCAGCUGAAAAUAAUAGUGAUGUGCUCAACUUAUGCAACAAAAGAACAAAAUUCCUAAAAGAAAAACUAGAUCAAAUUCCUCAGCAUCACUUGGGAAGCUAUAAAACUAGCACUGAUGUCAUUAUCGUAAACAGUGACCCUAAAGAGAAAUCAGAAGAUUCAUCUAAAAAAUCGAUUUUAUCAGAAAAAUCAAAAUCUUCAAAGACGGAUAAAUUUAUAAAAUCGCAAGCAGGAGGAAAUAAAGGUGCAGCUGAAAAUAAUAGUGAUGUGCUCAACUUAUGCAACAAAAGAACAAAACUCCUAAAAGAGAAACUAGAUCAAAUUCCUCAGCAUCACUUGGGAAGCUAUAAAACUAGCACUGAUGUUAUGAUCAUAAACAGCAGGAUAACACCCAGAACUAAAAAACAUAAAUCCUACAAAAACUUUUUUUUGGAUUCAUCAAUAGGAAAAGCCAAGAAAGGAUCAUUUAGCUUUCUAGUGAAGGGUAAAAACCAAAUGAAUGCAUACAGAAAAUUUAAAAUCAGAAAAAAUAGAACGAAAUUUAUAUCAAAUGUUCAAAAUAAAAGUGGAGUGGGGGUCGUACCAACCAUUAUUUUGAUGAAGAAUGGUGAUUCUUUGAAAAUUAACGAAUCAAAUAAAAUCAAAUUUUUAGGAAAACUCAGUUCCUCUUUAAAAAUAGACAAAAGUAAAAAACAUAAAUCAAAUAAGCAGAAUAAAAGUGGAAAGGGGAUUGAUACAAACAGAGGCAACAACGUUAAAACAAAAAUAUUACAUAUUUUACAUAUACCUGAAAAAAAUUCCAUGAUAACCACAACAAAUGACUACCAAAAAUUUAUUAUAAUUAAUAAUGCUGUUACACCAAGAUUAGAUGAAUUCAAUAGUCCUCAUAAAGUUUUUUUAGAAUCAAUGAAAAAGAAAGAAAGGAAAAAAUUCAAAUUCCCAUUGAAGAAUCAAAACUCGAAAAACCGAUUCAAAAAACUUAAAAAGAAAAACAAGUUAAAAUCAAAAAUACAGAAGAAAAUCCUAUCAGGAAUUCAUCUAGAUAAUAAGCCCAAUUCCAUUUUUAAGCUGAACAAGUCUAUUCUACACUAUAAAGAACCAUUGAAAAAAGUAUUGAAGAUAAAAAACUCAAGCUUAGCAAUUGAAAGAAUAAAAGUCCUUACAGGUGAACCUAAUAUAUCUAUGAAUAGUGGUGUUGGGAUCAAAAACGUUACUUUAGGAAAGAAUAGGCAGAAAAAAACAAAAGUAAAGAAUAUUACUUCAUCCCCAGUGAGUGAGCAAGUCAAUAAACCAAAGGAUAUUGGUCUUGCUGGCAAUACCUUAAAAGCUCUGAAAGACAUCAUGAAAUUUGUAAAAGUAUUCUUGAAUUUAAGGUCGAAGAAUGUUACAAGAAAAAUAGAGAAUCCUUCUUUAUUGCAUAAGCAAAAGAAGAAAACAGAAGCUCUUGAUCUUCUUCAAAAUAACAUAGAUUCGGUUGAGGUAACCUCACCUAUAAACAAAGUAUUGAAUAAUUCAAAAUCAAAAAAUCAAGCACUAGAAAAGAAAAGUAAUUUCAAUGUGCAUAAAAAUAAAGAUGGAUCUGAGUAUGUUGGUUUUCUACAAAAUAAAACAGAUGCAGUGGGCAUAAUCUCACACAAAAAAGAAGCACUGAACAGUUCAAAAUCAAGAAAUCAUUCAAUAAAAAAGACUUUGGACAGACAAAUUAUGGUUCCAGAGGAUAAUGGUCUUGGAAACAAAACAUUGCCCUUCGUUGACGAUAUACGCAAUAAAACAAUAUUAAAAAGUGAGAAAUCCACAAAACCAACUGUAAAACAUAAUGAUACUUCUUUAAUACAUGGCCCAUUCUUAAAACCUAAGGGUUUUGCUAUGGAAAAUAAUGACAGCCAUGGUCCUGGUAAUAAAUCUGAAACUGUGGAUUUAUUGAAAAUUAUGAAUACAACUAGCAAAGGAGUUGUUCUUACUGACCUAAAUAAAACAAUUUACGGCUAUAGCCAAAGUCAAGCCAACAAGUCGAAAAACUAUCUGAAAGAUUUUGUUAUUCUCCUUCUUCAGCAUUUUAUAGGAAAAAUGUUUGUCAACAUUCCUAAAAAACCAUCGAACUUUACAAAAGUAGGUGUAAACCUUACUAACCCUGAAAUGAAGGAAACUCCUAAUGAUUGGGUGGAAGAAUUUGAUAAUGUGAGCUAUAAGAUGUAUUAUAACCCAGAAACCCUCACUGAUUACUAUAAAGAUGAUCCUAAAGAAAAGUCAGUUUCCAGCGUUAAUCUGGACCCCGGAGGGCAGUUAUUAAAUAUUGCUUAUAAGGUAGAAAACCUUUUAAACGCUUUAAGCUCGUUUGAAAAUGCCAAUAAACCUGAUGAAGCCAUAAACAAUAAUAUAAAUGUCCCAAAAAGUGCUUACCACAAUCCAAAAAAACAGACCGGGAUGAGUAAAGUAAUUCAUCAACUAAAAGAGGAUAUAGAAGAAUUAGAUGAUGUAUUAUUUCAUAACAAGUCCGAAGAAACUAUAGAAUUUUCACUCGAAUCUAAUCAAUCGGAACCUAACUCGAGUUCUUUCGAGCCUGCUAUAAAUGAAAGCUAUGAUCUGAGUAGGGACACAAGACAGAUCUCAAUAAGUGGUGUGCAGAAAAGAGGCGGUCAAAGCUGCGUAGAUCGCUACAUACCAACCUGGGCUAAUCCUUUCACUUACCAUGAAAGUGCACAUUGCUUGCGGUUUAGCGACCUAUGGUAUUCUGUGUAUAGAUUGAAAGACCCUUUCAUAUACCACAGUGUUUAUUUUGAGGUUUUCGAAAAAAACUGUAAAACAUAUGAAAACAGUUGGAAACUCUCAACUGGAGGAGAUAUCGUUCAGAUCGGAACAUUCCAUCGCAAGUCAAUCGAUGAGGGUCCUAGCAUUGUGUUUACCUACACUCCAUUUUCUGCUACCAACAACAAGUAUUUUUGCUUUGACCCAUUACUCCACCAGAUAAUGGUCCCGAGGAUUGUACCACAAAAAUUACUUCACAAAUAUCCUCAAGUUGAUGAGGGUCCUGGAAGGUAUUUACUUGUGAGCCCCAGUGGAAUUUCACAUGAUGGGGAAGAUUGUGAUAAAGCAGGUGUUGGGUACUCGGCAUUUGCAAGUCAGCCAGACAGAUGCAACAAACCAGCAGGAAGCUGCCUGCUCAACCAACCUCUUGAUUUUUGGCAGCAUGAUACUGAUGCUCUCGCACACAAUAAAUCAGGAAAUUAUUUCCUGGAUAAUUUCGCUGCCGUGGAAGACAGCUCGGUUAAGAUUGCUGAAGGAAAGCAGUUUCUGACUGUUGGUUAUUCAGGACACUACACGAGCGUCGUUGAAAUUGAAAUGCGUCUAGAUGACAAUAUUGUUAUCAGAAACGAAAGCCCGGCAUUAAUACAUGAGGUUCUCAUUGAUUCCACUUGUGAACACCAGACAAAAAUUACUAUAAAAGUUACAAAUGCUGGUUAUGUAUCUACCGCCUACAGACCGAAAAUAACCAACUGCCCAGUAAAUGUACCAAAUAUUUGGUACGAUAACGAAGGUCCCCUAGUGUACAUAGCGCCCUUCAGGGUCCAUGUCUUCAGGGUUACCUUAUAUGGGACGUCAAGACCGUCAAGGUUUCAUUGCUCAGGGUUGAUCAAGGCAAUUUAUGGGAGCUUGUGUUAUCGGCGGUUAGCUCUGAUGCACUUGCACAUGUUGUGCCCUCGCUUUUAUCAAUCAGCUAGGCUAAUGCCUGCGGUAUGUCCUUGUAGAAGGGAAGUAAUAAGACCAAACAGCGCUCGUUCAGUUUCCUCUCAUGGAAGUAAAGUAGCAGAUCCACAAAGUAAAAGACCAGCAACUGUUCUGUAA